AAAUCCUCCACCCAAACUCCGUAACCCUGACCGCUGGUCUCCAGAGUUUAAUGAUUUCCUAGCGCAAUGUCUGAUUAAAGAUUUUGAGCAGAGGCCAUUUGCAAGCGAUCUUCUGUCUCACCCAUUUAUUGAGAAAGUACCAGCCGACACAUCCAAGCUGAAAGAGCAACUUGUGAGCCUUACCCUAGCCAUGGAAAGGAAAGUAUCUAUACCAGAUGUUACUACCAAGCAUGGACAGUUUAAGUCCAAUCGUAAGUCCAGGAGGGACAUCCCAACAACUGUUGAAAACCUGGCACUUCUUGAGGUUCUAGACGAGGCAACAAUAGUUGAACAGCUGUCAAAUCGAUACGCCCAGGACGAGAUCUAUACGUACAUCGGGGAUAUUCUGUUGGCUGUCAACCCAUUUGUCUCGUUGCCGAUCUACACAGAUGAGUACGUCAAGAGAUAUAUGCACGCUAUGAAGGCAGAUAACCCACCACACAUAUUUGCUGUGGCAGACCAGUCUUACCAGAUGAUGAUGCACAAUGCCACUAACCAGUGUAUUGUCAUCAGUGGGGAAUCUGGGGCUGGGAAAACAGAGAGUGCUAACUUGCUGGUACAGCAGCUCACACAACUAGGCAAGGCACCCAACCGGACACUAGAGGACAGAAUACUUCAGGUCAAUCCUUUGAUGGAGGCUUUCGGCAAUGCAAAAACAAUCAUCAAUGAUAAUUCCAGUCGAUUUGGAAAGUAUCUGGAAAUGUUUUUCACAUCUUCAUCAGGGACAGUUGUUGGAGCUAAAAUAACAGAGUACCUGUUGGAGAAGUCUAGAGUCAUCAAUCAAGCUCCGGGAGAGCAGAAUUUCCACAUCUUCUACUAUAUCCAUGAUGGUUUGAUGUCUAGCGACAGGGAGGCGGAGUACCAUCUGAAGCCAAACACGCCGUACAAGUACAUUUCAGAAUAUACAAAUAAGUCUACAGUGAUCUCCUCCGUGUCCAUGAAUCGGGUCAGGUUCAAGGCUAUUGAGUACUGCUUUGAAAUCAUCGGCUUCAAGAAUGAGGAAGUGACUUCUAUCUACGCCAUACUGGUGGCCAUUUUACAUGCAGGAAAUAUUGAGUUUGUCCCAAAAGAUUCUGGAUAUGGCGAGGAAUCCUCCAAAGUUUCCAACACAGAUCUCAUAACUAUAGUGUCAGAUCUACUAGGAUUAGACUAUACAGAUCUCCUGGAAUGCCUGACGACUACAGGCAUGGUGGCCAAGGGAGAGGUCAUCAUCAGGGACAACUCUGUGCAGGAAGCCUCACAUGCCAGGGAUGCCAUGGCCAAGGCAUUGUAUGGACGCUUGUUUAGCUGGAUAGUCAACAGAAUCAGCUCACUUCUCAAGCCCACCCACACAGACAGAAGUGGAGAUGAGUAUCUUUCUGUGGGUCUGUUGGACAUUUUUGGGUUUGAGAAUUUCAAGACGAAUUCAUUCGAGCAGCUGUGUAUCAACAUUGCUAAUGAGCAGAUCCAGUAUUAUUUCAACCAGCACAUAUUUGCUUGGGAACUUGAAGAGUACAAAAAUGAAGGGAUCAGUGCAACCAGUGUGACUUAUGUUGACAACAGGCCUAUCCUGGAUAUGUUUCUCUCAAAACCAGUUGGUCUGUUGGCACUGCUGGAUGAAGAGAGCCAUUUCCCAAAGGCAACAGAUUCAACACUUGUUGGCAAGUUCCACCAGAAUAUAAAAUCACCAGUCUACUCCAGGCCCAAGUCUAACAGUCUCACAUUCUGCAUCGAUCACUUUGCUGGCAGGGUUGAGUAUGAUGCUCAGGGAUUUCUAGAGAAGAACAGAGACCGCCUACCUGGGGAAAUCAUCAACAUCAUGAGGUUCUCAGAGAAUAAAGUGGUCAAGACUUUAUUUCAGACUCCACUGACAAAAACUGGAAAUCUCCAAAGUGGUAGUCUCAGCUCAAGCUCCAGAAACAGUAGAAUGAACAGUCCAGGGGGCACCUCUCCAGGGAUCACUGUGACCAGCUACAACUCCAAGGGAGCUGGUUUGGGAGGCAGUCGGCAUGCCACAAACACUGGCAGCAUGACCCGUUUCCAGCAGACAGUAGCAACCUACUUCCGUUACUCCUUGAUGGAUCUGCUCAACAAGAUGGUGGCCGGUACACCCCACUUUGUCAGAUGUUUGAAGCCAAAUGACUUAAAGGAACCUGGGAACUUUCACGCAGAUAGGAUCAUCACACAGCUGCGGUAUACAGGUGUUCUAGAAACUACACGCAUACGUCGACAGGGUUACUCUCAUCGGAUUGCUUUCUCAGAGUUCUUGAAAAGGUAUCACGUUCUGGGAUUCAGAUAUGAUGAAGCAGUUUCUGUAAACGGGGAAAGUUGCAUCAGAUUGCUGAACAAUCUGGGCAUGACCAAUUGGGCAAUUGGAAAAACAAAGGUUUUUCUUAAAUACUACCAUGUUGAAGAGCUGGCUCAAAGAUAUGAGGAUGUGUGCCGGAAAGUUAUCCGAGUGCAGUCAUAUAUCCGUAUGUGGUUGGCUCGUACACGGUUCUACAAGCUAAGGUGGAAGAGAGACAAGGCCAGCGUCAUGAUUCAGAAACAUAUAAGAGGCUUCAUUGUCAGGAAGAAAUACCGGGCAUUAAAUAAAAACAGACACGAGGCUGCAAUCAAAAUUCAGAAAGUGAUGAGAGGCAGACUUGCCAGAAAGAAAUAUCUGGCUAUGCAGGCCAAGAGACACCAGGCAGCAGUCUGCAUCCAGGCCAGGGUGCGGGGUUUCUUGUGCCGCCGCCGCUACCAACGGCUCAAAUUGUCGAAGCAACAGGAACAAGAAGGGAAACAGUUGAAACUACAAGAUGCAAGUGCUAGGAAGAUACAGAGAGUUUACAGAAUGUACCGCCUCAAAAAGAGAACAAAUGCCAGGUUGAAUAGGCAAAAGUUGGAGGGGGUAUCAGCCACAAAGAUACAAGCCUACUUUCGCAUGUGGAGACAGCGAACAGUUUACAAGCAAAUGUUAGCAGCCAGGAAGAAACCGGAAUCAGAAAUUAUCAUUUCUGUGCGCCAG